AUGAAAUUUGCUGAGAAGCUAAAACAUCUCAAGGUGAAAUCGUGGGAAGACAAAUACAUCGAUUAUAAGUUUCUGAAAAAAAUCAUUAAAAGGAAACGAAAUGCAGAGAUCUGUAGUCUGUAUGAACGGAUUGAGAAAAAUAAUAAAGACAUUCUGGAGGUGUGUAACUUGCUGACCUCUGAUAAUGUGGGCGAAAACAGCAAAGAUAAAAAAGGAAACAAAAAUGACGACAUAGAAUGUGGAGAUAUCGAUUACACGUAUCUCUUUUUCUGGGUGCUACAAAAUUAUAUUAACAUGGUUAGGGCACACUACGAACAGGAGUUUAAUUACCUUAACGAUAAGGUAGACGAGAUUAAGGUGUUCCUCAUGAGUGAUAAGAUUAACUUGAAAGACAUGGAUAUGAUGAAGACAAAGUGUCUCCACAUCUACAACAUGUUUGAUAUUCUAAACAACUAUCUCAAUAUUAACGUUCUUUCCGUUUACAAAAUAUUGAAGAAAAAAAACAAAAAGGAGAAACUCUCUACUUCGCUCGACUUGUAUCAGAAGUACUGCAACACGCUGCACCAGAUAAGCCGUGAGGAGCAAUUCAAUGAGAAAAUCAAGUCGACCUACCUGUCCAUCCAGAAGAAACGGGGAGACAAUUUCGAAAAGUUGGAUUUUUUAAACUUCAAAAUUUACCUCAAGAAUAAAAUCGAGAAUAUAGGCCAAUACAGAGGCAUCCUCUACACCCUCUGUGGCAUUCUAAUCAUCCUAGUUAUAAACACCAUCAUUUUAUUGUACCUCAAUAAGAAUAACAUAAAUGUGAACACAAUUUUGUCUAUCCUUCCGAUUUACAGACUGCUGUACAUUUUAAACUUUUUCUUUCUCUUCAUUUUUGGCUCCUUCUUGUUCAUGCAGCUGUACGGGGUUAACUUCACGUACAUCCUCGACCUGAACAAGAUCAUCGUGGACGAAUACUACUACCUGAUAAACGUCGUGAUUUUUCUCCUUUUCCUGACGACGCUCUCACUGCUCGUCUUCCUACUGGACGUUCUCUUCAAGCUAAAUAUCUUCUCCAAUAUCAUUUUCCACGUUGUCAUCCUUUUUAUUCUCCUUUUCUGUACCACCAUUUUUCCCAUUAAUUUUUACAAGUACAAGGAGACCAAUUUUGUUUUCUCCUCCCUUGUGCGAGUUGUGUCCAGCGGUAUUUUCCUGGUCAACAGCAUAAACCUGCUAGACAACAUCAUCGGAGACAUCCUCACGAGCCUGUCGAAGACCUUCUCAGAUGUUCAGUACUUCGUCUGCUUUCUGCUAAACGGAAUGAAAACAAAUGCGCCUGCGAAGUGUCCAAUCAUGGAAGGCUACAUCAACCCCGUCCUCGUGGGGCUCCCCUUUUAUUUCCGCUUCUGUCAAUGUUUAAUCAGAUACAACAACGAGAGAGAAAAGAUUCAUAUUUUUAACAUGCUUAAGUACUUGUCCGGAAUAGCCAUCGUGAUAUGCACCUCCUUUAACUGGUCAGUGGCCUACCUAGGGUUGGGCACGAAAACGAGCAAAAUUAUCCUCAUCUGCGCCUACGUCGUGGGAUCCACGUACAUGUAUUUUUGGGACUUGUACUGUGAUUGGGGGCUCCUCAAGGAGUACAAUUAUUUGUUAAGGAAAAACAACAAUUUGAUGUACCCCCCGCAUUACUACUACUUUGCCGGAUUGCUAAAUUUGGUCUUCAGGCUGACGUGGGCCAUCACCCUCAUGCCGAUUACCAUCUUCCCGAAUAAGGAAAUAAACGCUUUCCUAAUAACCUUCGUUUUGAUGUUCAUCGAAGUCCUGAGGCGAUCAAUAUGGAUCUGCUUCCGCCUGGAGAACGAGCAUGUGACAAACGCGUCCAGAUACAGAUCCAUACUAUGGGUGCCAAAAGUGACGAAGAAGAAGAAGUUUUGA